AAAUUUGACCUUUUGCCACCGGAAAUACUGACCCCUGGUUUAGCUCGCCUGUCAUUUUCAACAGCGACAGGCAAAUCAGUUCUCUUCAUCUAAGACGAUUUUCAAUGUGAGUCAGCGCUUUAUUGUCUCAACACCUAUUCCCAGCACUGGUAAGACCUUUGUCUCCUGUUGUCUGGUUUCCCUUUAUGCAAAUCAGCACAUGUAAUACCAGGGUACUUCCCUUUGUUUCGUUGUCAAGUGCAACCUGUCGAACCGGUUUUAUUCCCCCAUCCAGUCACUAUAUAAAUGUGUAACUGACCACUCUGUCAGUACCGACUCUGAAGCCGUGAGGAUCUGUGUCGACUGUGGAGCAUCGGCGCAUCUCGGAUCUUGAGUUGGACCAAAUGGCAUCUACAGUCAGAUCUCAUCUGACACAAGGGGAGGGAGAGGAUGGACAGGAUUCUCGCCGUACCCACAAGUGCAGCCAUUGCGACAAGGAGUUUCGCUCCAAAAGUAAGCUCAAUGAACAUCUGCGAACUCACACUGGUGAGAGACCAUACCAGUGUAAUGAAUGCGGGAAACGGUUUGGCCGACUUGGUUAUCUGAAGGGCCACAUGAGAACUCACACCGGUGAGAAACCGCACCGAUGUCAGGAGUGCAACAGACAGUUCAGUAGGCUGAACGAUCUAAAGGUUCAUGCGCGAACCCACACUGGUGAAAAGCCGUACAAGUGUGAACACUGCAACAAAUGCUUUAUUCAGUCAACUCAUCUGAAGAGACACGUGCGGACUCACACAGGGGAAACCCCGUACAGGUGUGAACAGUGCGGCAUGCAGUUUACUACGUUGUCACACUUAAAGAGUCACAUGCGGACUCACACAGGUGAGAAACCGUACACAUGUGAGCAUUGCAACAAAGGCUUCCGACAUUCAACUCAUCUGAAGGCUCACAUGCGGACUCACACAGGGGAAACCCCGUACAGGUGUGAGGAGUGCGACAAGCAGUUUGCUAAUCUGUCAAAUCUAAAGCGUCACAUGCGGACUCACACAGGUGAGAAACCGUACACGUGUGAGGCAUGCUACAAGCAGUUCAGUGAGCUUGGUACCCUGAAAAAACACAUGCGGACUCACACAGGGGAAAAUCCAUACAGGUGUGAGGAUUGCGACAAGCAGUUUGCUGAUAUGUCAAAUCUAAAGCGUCACAUGAGAACUCACACUGGCGAAAAACCGUACAGGUGUGAACAAUGCGACAGAAGCUUUCGCCAGUCGCGUAGUCUCCGUUCGCACAUGCAAACUCACAUUGAUGAAAGUCUGUCAGUAUCUGUGUCAAGUAAAAACUACCGAAGCUGUGUUAUGCACCCGCUACGGACAACGUCACCUGGUGACCGAGAACUAAAUCUAGCGUUUGACAAGGAUCUUGAAUUGACCAAAAUGGCAACUACAAUCAGAUCUCAUAUGAAACAGGGGGAGGAAGAGGAGGGACAGGAUUCUCCCCGUACCCACAAGUGCAGCUAUUGCGACAAGGAGUUUCGCUUCAAAGGUAACCUCAACCAACAUCUGCGAACUCACACUGGUGAGAGACCAUACCAGUGUGGUGAAUGCGGGAAACGUUUUGGUUAUCUAUCUAAUCUGAAGGAACACGUGGGAACUCACACAGGUGAGAAACCGUACCGAUGUCAGGAGUGCAGCAGGCAGUUCAGUAGGUUGCGCGAUCUGAAGAGUCACAUGCGAACACACACGGGUGAAAAGCCGUACAAGUGUGAACAUUGCAACAAAAGCUUCAGUCGAUCAAAUUAUCUGAAGACUCAAAUGCGCACUCACACAGGGGAAAACACAUACAGGUGUGAGGAAUGCGGCAAGCAGUUCUCUACGCUGUCAGAUCUAAAGAUACAUAUUCGGACUCACACCGGUGAAAAACCUUACAAGUGUGAGGCGUGCAGCAAGCAUUUUACUCAGCUGUCACAGCUUAAGAGCCAUAUGCGGACGCAAACUGGUAAAAAAGUGUGUGGAGCAUACACUCACGGUAUAUUAAGUUUUCGAGUCAGUAACGACUCUGAAGUCGUGAGAACCUGUGCCGCCGUGAAUCACUGUGCAGUACUUGGACCAUCAGCAUAUCUCGGAUUUUGGAGUUUGAAAAACAUGGCGACUGGAGUCGGAUCUCAUCUGUCACAAGGGGAGGGAGAGGGUGGACAGGAUUCUCCCCGUAGCCACAAGUGCAGCCAUUGCGACAAGGAGUUUCGAUGCAAAAGUAGGCUCGUUCAACAUCUGCGAACCCACACUGGUGAGAGACCAUACGGGUGUGAUGAAUGCGGGAAACGGUUUAAUCAACUAUCUCAUCUGAAGGGCCACAUGAGAACUCACACCGGUGAGAAACCGCACCAAUGCGAGGAGUGCAGCAGGCAAUUCAGUAGUUUGACCCAUCUGAAGUUACAUACGCGAACUCACACUGGUGAAAAACCGUACAAAUGUGAGCAUUGUAACAAAGGCUUCAGUCAGUCAAAUCAUCUGAACACUCACAUGCGGACCCACACGGGGGAAAACCCGUACAGAUGCGAGGAGUGUAGCAAACAGUUCACUUCAUUGUCAAAUCUAAAAAGUCACAUGCGGACUCACACAGGUGAGAAACCGUACGAGUGCGAGGAGUGCAGCAAGCAGUUCAGUGCUCCGUCUACUCUGAAGCAACAUUUGCGAACUCAUACUGGUGAAAAGCCGUACAAGUGUGAGGAGUGCAACAAGCAGUUCGCUACGUUGUCAAAUCUAAAGAGUCACAUGCGGACACACACUGGUGAGAAACCAUACAAGUGCGAGGCGUGCAGCAAGCAGUUUACACACUUGUGCACUUUGAAAAGACAUGUGCAGACUCACUCUGUUCAGAGACAUGUUGCCGACUCUGAAGCCGUGAGGACCUGUGUCGCUGUGGAAACAUCGUGCGUUAUCUUGGAGCAUCGGAUCUGGAACUUUACCAACAUGGCGACUGGAGCUGGGUCUCACCUGAAACAGGUUGAGGAAGAAGUUGGACAGGAUUCUCCCCGUACUCGUAAGUGUAGCUGUUGUGACAAAGAGUUUCGAUCAAAAAGUAAGCUCAACGAACACCUGCGAACUCACACUGGUGAGAGACCAUACCAAUGUGGCGAAUGCGGGAAACGGUUUGGUCAUUUAAAUCAUCUGAAGGACCACAUGAGAACUCACACCGGGGAGAGACCGUACCGAUGUCAGGAGUGCAGCAGGCAGUUCAGUAGGUCGAGUGCUCUGAAGGUACAUGUGCGGACUCACACCGGUGAGAAACCGUACAGGUGUGAACAUUGCAACAAAGGCUUCAGUCAGUUAGGUCAUCUGAAGGCUCACAUGCGGACUCACACAGGGGAAAAUCCGUACAGAUGCGAGGAGUGCAGCAAGCAAUUCACUACGUUGUCAAAUCUCAAGUGUCACAUGCGGACUCACACAGGUGAGAAACCGUACAGAUGUGAGACAUGCUACAAGCAGUUCCGUGAACUUGGUACCCUGAAAAAACACAUGCGGACUCACACAGGGGAGAAACCGUACAGGUGUGAGGCAUGCUGCAAGCAGUUCAGUCACCUGGGAAGUCUGAAGAAACACAUGCGGACUCACACUGGUGAAAUACCGUAAAGGUGUGAACCUGUUUUAUGGGCCCACUACAUACAACGUCACCAAGGAGGAUCUCAUGACCUGGUGACCGAGAACUAAAUCUAGCGUUUGACAAAGUAGAUGUUCAAUGUGGGAAGUUAGGACAGUGGCGACAGUAAAUUACAUGUGAACACGACGCCGUUCGUAUCACGUAAAGGCGUCUAGUCUGUGUUCUAUACCACAGUACACGAUUGGGCUCUGUCUGUAUGAGUUACUGGACUUCUGAUUGUCACUUUAUAUAAGUCAAUGUAGAUAUACAAGAAUCGUCAACGUUUAGAACUAGUUAAAGC